ACCACAGUCUUGCCACCGCUCCCGCUCUCGCUCUCUCUCUCUCUCUCUCUCUCUCGGAGGAAACAAACCAGAGAAUGGAUCAAACGGAGGCGAUCUACGAAACCCUAAUCAAGAAAGGAUGGAGCUUUCGAGACCCCGAGGAGAUCAAACCCCUGAUUCAGACCCAAAACUCGCUGGAGUCAACCGAAUCCGAGCUCCUCGCAAUGGAUUUGAGAUCCAUCGGAGCGAAGUCUCUUCCCGAUCCAACGUCCCUGAGGAAAUCUUCCCAUCUCAGCGGCCCUAAAGUUUUGCAGUUGGUUUCUCUACGAGAUAUAUACAAGAGCAGCAUUGACGCUUCGUUCAAGAAUUCACAACGCCGUUUACUUAGAUUUGUUCUCACUGAUGGGCAAUCAGAUGUAACUGCCAUAGAGUAUGCUCCGAUUCCAUCAAUCAGUGAAGAGAUUCCUCCUGGCACAAAGAUUUGUUUGGAAAAUAAAGUCUCUGUACGUAACGGUAUACUAUGUUUAAGUCCUAAAGUAGUGACCAUAGUGGGAGGUAUUGUACCAUCUCUUUAUGAAGAGUGGCAAAUGAGUCAGAAAUAUUCUGGCUUCUCACGCUCGUCCUUGAGACUCUCUCAGAAUGAGAAUGGGGUUGGUCCUCCUGCAUUUGAGAAGUUACAAGUUGAAUCACAUCGUCAUCAAGCUGUUCAGCAACAUGGCUCACAUGUAGUUCUGCUUGAGACGACUUCAAAAUAUCCUUCUAAUAGACAAACGGGAGGGCACCAAGGAUGUGGUUCUAAUGACCCAAAGGCAGAUAAAGCUUCUGAAGAUGCAAAGACAGAGCAGGCUGUUGAUGAUCCUAAACCAGUGUCCUCAGGUAACAAGGCUGAAGAAAAACCUUGCACCUCAGAGGCCAGGCCAAAGGAAGUGAGUGAAGCUGUUCCUGUUCAAAACCAAGCUGCUGCACAGAAACUUCUGCAGAAAAUGGCUCAGCCAGCACAGGGAGACAGGAACUAUAGGGGUCAUAGAAACAAAUUCAAAGGCAAGCAAGAAGAGACUCAAGUUUUCACCUUAGAAGAAUGGGAAAGAAGAAAAGGCAACAAUUUGAAGCCCAUAAUGGCUGUUCACUCCCAAGAUAUUACCCAGGAUGAGGAGUUUGCUCGCCAGUUGCAGAACCAAUUAGAUAUCGAAGAUUUCCAUGUAGAACCAAUGUACACAGAGGCAGAGAAGAUAAGGAUGAGCAUGUUCAGCUUUGGUGGACCAGAUGAAAGCAGGAGUGAUGGCAGAAAAGAAUUCAGAGGGAGGGGAAGAGGAAGAGGGCGAGGAAGGAGGGGAAGAGGAAGAUUCAGCUGACUUGGCAGCAGUUAUUUAUUGGGAAUAAUUUACUUAUGCUAUCAGAUACAAGGUAGCUUUGACCUUUUAUCCAAGACGUUAAUGCUGUUAGCAACAAUUCCCUUUAGUUCAUGAGAUUCUUCUGCAGCUGUGAAGUUCAUGGUUGUCUUCUCAAACAAAAUAGUUUAUGGUAAUUUUGUACAAAGCUUUCCUAAAGUUUAUGGCAACCUUAUGAAAUUUACAAUUUUUAUCACAGGUAGAGGUCUUUAAUUUCCUUUUCCCCAGGUUUGAGGUAUGGUCUCAUCUGAGAGAACAAAAAAGUGAUACUUGAUACUAGCCGAAAGGUAAUUGAGAGUGGAUGAGAGUGAAUCACAUACUUUGACCUGCAAUUUUUCUUUUUUUCUUCUUCCUCUCAUUUCUUUGUUGUUUAUGCUUGCUCUGGUUUAUUUGAUUUCUAGAAACAGACUGGAUUGCAUAAAUGCAAUCUCAUCCAAUCGCUUAAAUGCAGUCGCAUCCAUGAAUGCAAGAUGUUGGACGAUGUUUUCUCUGU